GUUUAAAUUAUCAGGAAGCAUAGAUAAAUAAAUAUUUUAUUGUAUAUUCUAACAAAAAGAAAAAAAAAGAAACUAAUAGUUAAAACGCUGGCUGGAAGCCGCUUGGGUUUUUUUUUUAAAUUCGUUUUUCUUUUGUCGUAAUGUUAUCAUAUAAAAUCAAGAUAUCGUUAAUAAGAUUUGUAUCAUUCUUCACAUAAAGUUAGUAUCUCUGAAUUCUAGGGAAAAGAUUUGUCAUUCGAGUGACGUUAAUUCUAUCAUAUCCAAUCAAUCUUUUGAAAUAAAAGAAUCCGUAAAAGAUUUUAAAUUUCCCGCAAUUUUCCAACAUCAAAGAUGUCUCUCAAGAGAAUAUUUCCUGAACGCGGCAGCUACAAAGUAUCAUCGCCAAACAAUUCAACGCAAAUGGCUGAGAUCAAGAGGACCGAACACGAGGAACCCAGUGAAGUUCAGUACGAAACAACGAUGGCUACUACGUCGCUAAUGCCGUCCUCUUCGUUACCGACUCUUUCAUCAACACCAAUGCAACAAAAUCAAAAUAUAGGUUAUGAUGUAAUUGAUACUGCACCAACAAAUGCAAGUACAACUUUUCAAAAUUCACAUUGGGAAAACCAAAGGAGUUAUAAGAAAGUUGAAUUCGAUAUCGACUCUGGAAGUCAAUUAUCGAAAGAUAAUAAAUGCGAUAAAUGUCUUAUUAAUUGUCUUUAUUAUACGCAUGAAUGUUGUGACUGUAUCAUUUUAUGACGAUUCUUCUUUUUUAUUUUUUGUUUUUUGUUUAGAAAAGAAAUAAUUAAAGAUCUAUGAGAUAAGAAAUUAAUUUAAGAAAUGCUUUAAACACACAUAAAGAAUGAUAUAGAUUAUAUUGUAUUUUCACAUUAUGAAAUAAAAACUUUGUUAUAUGAAAAACAUAUAAAAUAUGUAUAUACUUGCAUAUGCUUUAAAAGUCCAUUUUCAUGAUAAGUAACGUGAAAUGUAAGUAUAGAUUGCUUGAGUUCUUAAAUUUGCACAUAAAACUAGUUACUUUUAAUAGCUUUCUACUUGUUUCACUAUAUUACAAUGAUGAUAUUGUUUAAAAUUUACAAUAAUUAUUCAUACAACAAAUACUUUCUUCGCGUACUAACAUAAGCAAAAGAUGCUAAAUU